AUGAGGGGAAAGAGUAACAAAGGCGAUAAUGUCACGUCUUCGCUUUUGCUGGCAAUGCGAACAGGAAAAUAUAUUGUCGGGUUUAAGCGGGCCAUCAAGUCUGUGAUUAUGAAGAAGGCCAAGUGCCUUGUUAUUUCGUCGAACUUUCCAUCUACAAAGAGGAAACUGCUUGAGUACUACAGCGUCUUGGCUGGAGGACUUCCGAUUAUUUUCCACAGUGCCAAUAACGAGGAGCUGGGAAGCAUCACCGAAAGAGGCCAUAGACUGGGAUGCAUCUCCAUUAUUGACCAGGGUGAGGCUGAGCUGAUACCUGCUAAGGGAGAAUAA